AUGUCGACGAUGGGAAUAGUGGUGGGGCAUUCGCACUCGGUGCAGUUCGUGCUGCGGCCCGGCGACGGCGCGAUCAUCCACGCGAGUAAAGGAGCGGUCAGGGCGCUCGGUUACUCGCGCGACGAGCUGCUAUCGACGUCUCUUCUCCGCCUGGCCGCGCCUUUCCCGCUCAGCGACUGGCGCGCGGUCGUGCAGCGCCUAGAGUCGGCGCAAAUCGAAUCCGUCGCGCUCCCCCUCACCCUCACGUGCCCCGCCGCUGCACCCGCCGCCGCUUCUGCCUCGUCCGCCGGGGCUGCUGCUGCCGCGGCGGCGCUUCUAGGUGCGGGGGAAGGCGCAUUCGGCGGGGGGGACGGAGGAGGCGGAGGGGGGGUAAGGUGCGGAGCAGCAGGGGGAGUCCCUUCCGAAGGGGGAAGCAUUUCGCAGCGGAAUCCUCACUUUUCUGCGCUUUCCGCGCAUGUAGGAGAGGCGGAUGGGAUAUCGAAGGGUAAAUCAGGCGAAUUGUCCGCUCUGGCCUCGUAUCCCGGCACCCCCGGAGGCUCGUUCACACUUUCCGGGGGAACUUCCCCAUUUAGGGUUUCUAGCCCCACCCCGUCCACCUCGCCGUACGCUCUAGACCCCCUUGCGGCGAUGUCUGAAUCGGAAGGAGAGGAGGGGAAGGGUGUGAGACGGUUCACCAAGCAAAGAACCGCGUCUGGAACGGAUAUGGGCCGGUUUAAAGGAGGCGGUGAUGUGCUUAUAACGGGGUUUGACUCAAGUGACGGAGUAGGAGAGGAGGGGGGAGUGAGGGGUGGAGGGGCAAGAGCAGGUGGUAGUUUCGGUAGUGGCGGUGGUGGUGGUGGUAGAGGGGGAAGAAGUGGACCGAUUAGCUCGGAAAUUGAGGGGCGUUUCGAUGCAAUACCCUCAUCCCCGUUUUCCACCACCUCGUCAUGGGAACCUUCUCCUCCUCCUUCUUCUCUUCCUUCUUCUGUUACUCUCCCUUCGGCUGCCCCCCUGUCUGCUGCUCCUGCUGCUGCUGCUGCUGAUCCUCCCGACAGCAUCAACGCCAGCUCUAGUCUGGUUACCACCACCACCCCCACCACUGUUACCACCGGCAGUAGCAGGGGCUUUGGCAGCAGCAGUGGCAUAGGGAGUAGCCGCACCAGCUUUACUCGUGCUGACAGUCAACCCCCCAGCAGCCGCUUUCCUGGCAGCACCCUUACAACUCGUAGUAACCUUACAGGUAGGAGCCACACAGGCAGCGGCCGCACAGGUAGCAGUCACACGGGCAGCGGUCACACAGGCAGCAGCAGUGGCAGUGGCGUCACGGGGUUCAGGGGCGGUGGGCUGGGUUUUGAGUCGACUCAACACACAGGGUUCAGGGGCGGCGGGUCGGGGAAUCUUAUAGCGAGUGAGCAGCUGGGGGUGGAGGCGGUUGAUAUGGGGCAGAUGGAGCUGCCUGUAACGGGUAUGGCGGGGUUUUGGAGUGAGGAGGAGGGGAGGGCGACUGGGGAGCGUGCGAGAGGGAGUGAGUGGAGCAACAGAGAGGGUGGUGCUAGUGGUGAUGCCAGUGGUGGUGGUGGAGGAGGGAGUGGGGGGAAGGACAGGCAGCAGGUGCUAAACAAGCAGCAGAGUUCCUCUGUCCAUGCUUCCGCCGCCCAGGGUUUGGCUGUGCAUGAUGCACCUGCGUCUUCCUUCGCCUUCCCCCCCAGCCACAGCCCCACGAUUGCGGGAAAUAGCUCCUUAAAUGCAGGAGAUUAUUCCUCACCCCCAGGGCAGCUUCUGGGACUCCUCAGAAGCAAUUCAGGUUUACCUUCCGGGCAGAAGAAAUCUUUGAUGCCGGAAAGCAGGGAGAGCAGGGCGAAAGAGAAGGAAGAAGGGGUGAGGGACGGGGCGAGAGGCGAGGAGAGGGAGGAGGAGGAGGAUUCAGAGGCAGCAGCAGCAGCAGUGGCAGCGGGAGUGGGAGCGGAAGCAAGGAGCAGUUUCAGCUUUAACGUGCCUCGCUCCCUUGUUCCUGUGUCUCUUAGCUGGAGUGGUGCCACUGCCACUGCCACUGCCAAGUCUGGUGCUGCUGCCCCUGAUGCUGUUUCUUCUGCUGCUGCUGCUGGUUCUGUCGCUGGUGGUGGUGGUGGUGGUGGUGGUGGUGGUGGUGGUGGUGGUGGUGGUGGUGGUGGUGGUGGUGGUGGUGGUGGUGGUGGUGGUGGUGGUGGUGGUGGUGGUGGUGGUGGUGGUGGUGGUGGUGGUGGUGGUGGUGGUGGUGGUGGUGGUGGUGGUGGUGGUGGUGGUGGUGGUGGUGGUGGUGGUGGUGCUGGUGGUGCUGGUGCUGGUGCUGGUGGUGCUGGUGGUGGUGCUGGUGCUGGUGCUGGUGAUGGUGGUGUGGAGGCAGUAGGGCAUGGGGGGAUGGGGGCCGGAGGAGCAAGCAUACAUGGGCCAGCGGACGAAGGGGGUAGUUUGAGCUCGGUUUGGAUGGGUAAGUGGCGCAGCAAGAGCAGCAGCAGAGCGAGGUCCAUGGACGUUGCUGAUCCUGCUGCUGUGGCCUCUGCUGCAGCUGGUAUUGCUGGUGGUGGUUAUGCUGCUGCUGUUGAUUAUGCUGCUGCUGGUGGCGGAAUCAAGAGCAGCAAGAGCAGCAGCCGAGCAGGGUCGGUCGAUAUCAGUGAUCCUGCCGCUGUGGCGGCUGCUGUUGUGGCAGAGCAUCAAGCUGAGCUUGCUGCUGCUGCUGCUGCUGCUGGCAAUGCUGCUGGUGCUGGUGAUGCCGCUGCUGUUGCUGCUGGCUCUACCGCUGCUGGUGCUUCUGGUGCUAGUGCUGGUGGUGCUGACAAUGCUGCUAGCAAUGCUGCUGGCAACGCUGCUAGCAGUGGUGCUGCGGGCAGUGCAGGCGGCAGUGUGACUGGCAAGGGCAAGGCAUCGUGUGCCGCUGCCGGUGGUGCCGGUGCUUCCGGUUCUGUUGGUGGUGCUGCUGGUAGUGGUGCUGUUGGUGCUGUUUCUGUUGGUGGUGCACAUGUGAGUGGUAGCAGGGAUUGCAGCUGGGAGGGCAGUAGAGAAGUCAAGAGAGGUGACAGGGGUGGUAGCAGCAGUAGCAGGGAAGACAGUAGGGGGCAUAGCAUCAGCAGCAGGGGUGACAGUAGGGGUGACAGCAGGGGGGGCAGCAGGGGGGUGAGCAUGAGCAGCAGGGGAGGCAGUUGUGAGAUGGUGCAUGUGGCUGCGGUGGUGGAUUUGCAGCUGUUUCACAUCGGAGGGAGCUCUGACCUCGUUGCUACAGUGCACUUGCCAACUUCGUUACAGUCACCUGCGACAAGCUAUCUAGCGUGGGAGAGUGCUUCCUCUUAUCAAGAUGUGCUUACAACGGAGGCUGUGGAGAGGGGCAGGCCACUUCUCGACCUGGCAGGCAUAGGGGCUGUGACUCUAACGUGGGAAGAGGGGAGGGUUGCCCUCUGCAACCCUGUGGCCAAUAGGAUGCUUGCGGGGAGAUUCUCGGCCAAUGGGGCGGCUCUGGGCGGAGUGCCAGCGUGGCAGGUGGAAGGGCGGGUGCUGAGCGAUUUCUUUGAUGAAGCCUCGCGUGGUGCUUUCGUGUGGAAGGUUGAGUGGGGUGGGGAGGGUGCAGGCGCGCGCAGCUCACAGCAGGAGGUGCGGGUGCGAGCAGCACAUGGGGCGAGGCAGGAGGUGUGGCUUCUGAAGCCCCCCUCCUCCUCUCGUUCACUGCUCUUCCCCUUGUUCUGCCUCUCUUUCCUCCCCCCUCUCUUACAGUCCGACUACACCAGUGUACACAAGGGCAUGGUGCAGCGCACGCAACAGGAGGUGCGAGUGCGAGCAGCAGACGGGGCGAUCAGAUGGGUGCGACUCACAUGCCAGCGCAUCAGAGCAAGCUCGCCGGUCAUGAUGCGUUCAGAGGGUGAAUCACUUCACAACAGCACAAGUGCGGAGGGUGGUGUGCCUUCGCAUCCGUGCAUCAGCACAUCCCCGCCACUGGUCACAACGAGUGCUGAUGGCUGCCCGACUCACAGCACCGUUGCAAGCUUAUCGGGCCAGAGUGCGGAGGGUGGUGGCGCUCCUUACAGCAGCAUUGCAGGCUCGCUAACCACACAUGGGAGGGGUGAUGCUUCUCAUAGCAGCCCCGCUCGCUGUUCCGUAGGACAAGGAGCAAGCAAGGGGGAAGGAGGAGCUGUAGCAGAAAGGGCUGUAGCAGGAGGAGCUGUAGCAGAAAGGGCUGUAGCAGGAGGAGCUGUAGCAGAAAGGGCUGUAGCAGGAGCUGUAGCAGAAAGGGCUGUAGCAGGAGGAGCUGUAGCAGAAAGGGCUGUAGCAGGAGGAGCUGUAGCAGAAAGGGCUGUAGCAGGAGGAGCUGUAGCAGAAAGGGCUGUAGCAGGAGGAGCUGUAGCAGAAGGAGCUGUAGGUGGAGACGUUGCAGCUGAAAAUGCCAGAGUUGGGGAGGCUGCAUCUGUGGAGGCUGCAACUGAGCUGGUGAACGAAGGGAAAGGGGAAUUCGGUUUGAAUGGAUACAGAGGUGAUGGGAGGGGUGUGGUUAUUAAGAGACCAGGAAAGGGGGAGGAGGAGGUGGAAUGGAGAGAGGAAGGGAAGGAUGAGCGAGAGGAGGACGAGAAACAAGAGCAGGAGGGUAAGGCACAGGAAGAGGAGGACGGGAUGGAGGAGGGGAAAGAGGAAAGGAAAGAGGAGCGCGAGGUGGGGGGUGAGGAGGGGGGAGAUGAGGAGGAGGCGACAGCGAGGGAGGUGCAGGUGCUGUGUCUCCUGGAGGAUAUCAGCGACAGGAAGACACUGGUAUGUACGUGGGGUGUGCAAACAAUAGGUAGCAUGGGAGGAGCAGGCGCUGUGUCUACUGGAGGAUAUCACGUUCCCUCCUUUCCAUCGCUUCUCUCUCUCUCCCACCCACCCCCAUCAGGAGCAGAGCAUGUGGAAGUACAAGAUGAUGGUGAAGAAUCUACCGGGGGAGCCGUUUUGAUGACCAGGGCGCUGGACAGAAGGCAGGAGGUGCUCAUCAACUCUACUGCCGCCCACCUGCUGGGGUGCCCCUCUCACCUGCUCACGCUCCCCCUUUCUCCGUCUAUCCCUUGCUCCCUUACCUCUUCACAGGAGCAGAGCAUGUGGAAAUACAAGAUGAUGGUGGAGAACCGCUUUGCCUCUCUCACUCACUCCUUCCCUUAUCACUCUCGCCUGCCCACCCCUGGAGCAGAGCAUGAGCAGAGCAUGUGGAAAUACAAGAUGAUGGUGGAGAAUCUACCGGGGGGCGCCGUGCUGAUGACAAGAGCACUGGACGGCCGACAGGAGGAGCAGAGCAUGUGGAAGUACAAGAUGAUGGUGGAGAAUCUACCAGGGGGCGCUGUCUUAAUGACCAGAGCGCUGGACGGUCGACAGGAGGUGCUUAUCAACUCCACCGCCGCCCACCUGCUGGGGUGCGCCCGAGGGGACAUUGACAGCGUGGAGAAGUGGUUCCGGGCGCUGCAUGGGCGGGAGAAUGCGGCGAAAGCGCAGAGGAAGUACGAGGGGAGAAGGAUGGGCGCUGCGCGGAACAACGUUUUCAAUACUGUGCUGCCCAUUCGGCGCAAGGACGGAUCCAAGGUGCUGCUGGAUGCCACAUCCUACUCGCUGGGAUUUGGCGACAUGUGGCUGGUGAAUGACAUCACAGAGAGCCGCAAGAACCAGUUCAAGUUCAAAAUGCUCUUUGAGCUCUCCUCCGACCCCAAGCUACUCCUAACGAAGGCGGGGCGCAUUUUUGACUGCAACCAAGCAGCAGACCCGAAAUUGCUGCUGACAAAGGAUGGUCGUGUCUUUGACUGCAACCAGGCGGCAGUGAGAAUCCUCAAGUGCCCCACCAAGGAGUCCCUCCUCGGUCGCACGCCGUGGCGCCUCUCGCCUCUCCAGCAGCCCACCACCAAGCAGCCCGCCUCCGCUCUUAAAGCCAUUCUCGCCCACCUCGCCGCCUCCAACCAGCCCUCCAACCGAUCCUCAGGCUCGGGAUCCUCAGGCUCGGGAAACUUCUAUCCGGGCCUCUCCGGUUCGUCGUCACCGUUUCCUGCCACCCCUGCCGCCACCGCUGCUGCUGCCUCCGGCUCAGCGGGUGGUUCGGCAGGAGUCUCGGCAGGAGGCUCGGCGGGAGGCUCGGCAGCAGCAGACGCAACCAGUGGCCUGGCGGGAGACUCGGUGGGAGGCACGGGGAACAGGUGGCGGCGGUUCGAGUGGGUCUUUCGGGACGAAGAAGGAGGAGAAGUGCUGGUCGAGGUCCUCUGCCGCAUGGUCGAGUUCUUCGGUGAAAAUGUCUACCUCAUGGUGUGGCAUGACAUAGCCGAGGUGAAGCGCAAGGAGGCGGACUUGCAGCGGGCAAAACUCGAAGCGGAGAAGGCGAGUUUAGCGAAGACCCAGUUCCUGGCGAAUAUGAGCCACGAGAUUCGGACCCCGAUGAACGGCGUGAUCGGGGUCGCGGAGCUGUUACUGGAUACGCCCUUGUCGGAGGAGCAGCAGAUGCUGGUGAACACGAUCCGGUCGUCGAGCCAGGGGUUGCUGCAUAUCCUGUCGGACAUUUUGGACCUGAGCAAGAUAGAGAAUGAACGGAUGGCGCUGGAGUUUGCAGAGUUUGACGUGAGGGAGCACCUUGCGCACUCGCUGGCGCUCUAUGAAGUUUCUGCAAGAGACAAGAAGCUGCAGAAUGAGAGGAUGGCGCUGGAGUUUGCAGAGUUUGACGUGAGGGAGCACCUUGCGCACUCUCUGGCGCUCUAUGAGGUGUCUGCCCGGGAUAAGAAGCUGCAGGUGAGAGGAGUGAGAAGCGAGAGAGGAGAAGCAACCUCCCUGUUACCCCCCCCCAUUCACCUCAACUGCUUUGUUUGUUUUGUUCCCUCUCUCCCCCAUUUCCCUCUCUCCCCCCUUUCCCUCUCUCUCCCCUUUCCCUCUCUCCCCCCUUCCCUCUCUCCACCCCUUCCCUCUCUCCCCCCCUUCCCUCUCUCCCCCCCUUCCCUCUCUCCCCCCCUUCCCUCUCUCCACCCCUUCCCUCUCUCCACCCCUUCCCUCUCUCCCCCUUCCCUCUCUCCGCCCCUUCCCUUACGGCCACCUUCCCUCCCUGCCUCCCCGUCACAGCUCAAGUCCCACGUGAGUCGCGACGUGCCCCUAAAGAUCCUAGCAGACGCAGUGAGGGUGAGGCAGGUUCUGCUCAACCUCGUAUCCAACGCCAUCAAGUUCACCGCCCGCGGCCGCGUCACCCUCAAAUCCCACGUGAGUCGGGACAUGCCCUUGAAGAUUCUGGCAGACGCAGUGAGGGUGAGGCAGGUUCUGCUCAACCUCGUAUCCAACCUCCUCUGUACCCCCCUCCCGCUCCCCCUGCAGCUCAAAUCCCAUGUGAGUCGCGACGUGCCGCUGAAAAUCCUAGCCGACGCAGUGAGGGUGAGGCAGGUUCUGCUCAACCUCGUAUCCAACGCCAUCAAGUUCACCGCCCGCGGCCGCGUCACCGUGCGAAUCUCCACCGUCGAUCCCGCCGACUCGGGCGGCAGUGGCGGCGGGCGGCGGCGCGAGUCGUUUUCGUCCCUAGCGCCGCUGCUGCAGCUGGAGGAGAGGCGGGGGGAGCCCGUGGAUAAAGUCCUGCUCAAGUAUUCAGUGUCAGACACGGGAAUCGGAAUCUCCAAGGACGUGCAGGGGAGUCUCUUCCAGGCGUUCACACAGGCGGACAACACCACGUGUCGGCGGUUUGGCGGCACGGGGCUGGGGCUGGCGAUAUGCAAGGCGCUGGUGAACCUCAUGGGGGGCGAGAUGAGUCAUGGCACUGCUGCUCCGCUUCCUUCCUUCCCUUCCCCAUUUCCCAGGCCGGCGGUUUGGCGGCACAGGGCUGGGCCUGGCGAUAUGCAAGGCACUGGUGAACCUCAUGGGGGGGGAGAUCUCUGUGACCAGCGGACAACGACCUGUCGGCGGUUCGGCAGCACGGGGCUGGGCCUGGCGAUUUGCAAGGCUCUGGUGAACCUCAUGGGGGGCGAGAUGAGUCAUAGCACUGCUGCUCCGCUUCCUUCCUUCCCUUCCCCAUUCCCUUCCCCAUUCCCUUCCCCAUUCCCUUUCCCAUUCCCUUCCCCAUUCCCUUCCCCAUUCCCUUCCCCAUUCCCUUCCCCAUUCCCUUCCCCAUUCCCUUCCCCAUUCCCUUCCCCAUUCCCUUCCCCAUUCCCUUCCCCAUUCCCUUCCCCAUUCCCUUCCCCAUUCCCUUCCCCAUUCCCUUCCCCAUUCCCCAUUCCCCAUUCCCUUCCCCAGGCUGACAACACCACGUGCAGGCGGUUUGGCGGCACGGGGCUGGGCUUGGCGAUCUGCAAGGCUCUGGUGAACCUCAUGGGGGGGGAGAUCUCUGUCUCCAGUGUGGAGGGGCAGGGAUCCACCUUUGAGUUCACCGUCUGUGCGGGAGUGAGUGAGGACGUGGGCCAGUGUGGGUCAGUGAGUGAGGAGGGAGACGGGGAGGAGGAUGAGGGAGUGUAUGAUAGUGUGUGUGACAGUGAGGAUGAGGAGGAGGGAGUGGGGGAGACAGAUGAGGAGGGGCAUGAGGAGGAGGAAGAGGAGGCGGGGGAGGAGGAGAAUGGGGAUUCAGAUUCGGAAGAUGAUGAACCGGAGAACUUAUGUCGCUCGCGGACCACCCGAACCUCCCUGGAUUACCGAGCCUUGACUGUCCGAGGCUCCUUAGGCCUCCCGGUCCGCAGCCGAACCGCCGACUCAGCAAUGGGUGCAGGUUCGCGCCGUCUGGCCCUCACCAUACCAGCCACAGGUUCGGAAAAGAGCAGAAGCAAGAACAAGUUAAAAGGUGCAAUUAAGGGAGGAGCCCGAGUCUCGUCAGGUUCGGACCGGACGUCCAGCCGAGGUACGGCAAGCGCCGGACCAUUUUCCCCCACCACAAUCGCCCAGGCCAACGCUUCUGGUGCGUACAGAAGUGCCAAAGCCCCUACCGGAGCUGCAGGUUCGGCAACUAGCUCCGGUAACACAAGCGGUCGAAGCCUGGCCGCUGGGCGGCGUCGUUCGUUUGAAGAGUCGGCUCCGGUGCUGCCGGCUGUAGCGCGGCAGUGGAGAGUGCUUGUAGCAGAAGACAACAAAGUCAACCAGUUAGUGGUAACCCGCAUGCUCAAGAAUCUAGGGCUCAGAUUCGACGUCGUGGACAACGGGUUGCAAGCUUUGGAAGCUUGUCUUAAGAGUAGAUACGAUCUGGUUCUGAUGGAUUGCCAUAUGCCGGAAAUGGAUGGGUUGGAGGCUACUAGGAGGAUUAGGAAAGCAGAGGCGGAGAGGAGUUGUCGGAGUGAGGGGGAUAGCCGGAGUGAUUGUAGUGAUGGUGAGAGUAAUGAGAGGCGGAGGAGGGAAGACGGGUGUGCAGGUGCUACUGGUGCAGCAGCAGCUGCUGCUGCUGCUGGUGCUGCAGUGGCUGCGGGUGAUGGGUUGAGUAGGAGUGGCAGAAGCAACAGGAGCAGUGGUGGUGCUGGUGGUAUGAGCAGGAGUGGCAGUACUAAGAGGGCAGGGAAUGCUGGUGGGCUGAGCAGGCGGGAUAGCGGAAGGGGCAGUGGUAGGUUUAGUGUGGUGGAGAACGGCAAAGAUGGAGGGUUGGGGGAGCAGGAGCAGGAGCAGGAGGGGGAGCAGGCGCCGGUGGUGAUAGCGGCGCUGACAGCGAGUGCGUUUGACUUUGAGAGAGAGGCGUGCUUUGCUGCGGGAAUGAACCACUUCCUCACCAAGCCCAUCCGCCCCAAAGACCUGCAGCAGCUGCUGCUCUCCCUCGCCUCUUCUCCCAAAGAGACAUGA